AUGACCACUCUAAACGCUUAUAUCCGAUCACCUAAACAUGUUUUUACACUUGGUGCAAGUGUCGCUCUCGUGUAUACGGCUUACUCGCUAUGGAAAUGGACGACCAAGCAUAGUCAAGAUCAAACAGGUCGUAAAUCUGUCAAAGCAGAUAAGUUUAUUUCCAAGGACAAGGAAUACAAUGUACAGCCUGCAGCUAGACAGUCACAAGAGAAAGAUGUACCUCAUGUACCACCACCUACAGCAGCAGUUGAGGCGGUCGAUGCUACAAAGCAAAUGUCUGUAGAUGCAGCUUCAGAGAACAACGAAAACAUCUGCAACACGGCUGUCGAAAAGCCAUCGGAGGCUUCCAUCGCUACUGAAAUUGCCAGCGCUGUUGAAGAAUCUUAUGUGUUUGCUGAGGAAUGUUUGCUCGAACGUUCCGUUGAUUCUUCCGAUAGCACAGAAAAUGAAGCAUCUGCAGUGAAUAAGAAUACAGGCGUGGAUGUCAAUAAAAUCACUGCCAGCAGUCCUGUGGAGGAUGUGCAGGAGGAGGAGAAGGAGGAGGAGGAGGAGGAGGAGGAUACUUCAAUCUCUGCUGAUGUAGUUACUGAACAGUUUGAGUUGCUCCACUUGACGGAACCAACGGAAGAUAAUUCUGAUGACGAGACAAACCGUAGUGAUGCGACGACAACGGUUGCUGACGUGGAUACAACAGGCAAGGCUGCCGAUAUGCAUGCCACAUCCGAGAAGUUGGGCUUUUUUAAUGAUGAAUUAUCAAGCCAUAGUCUAUCAGCAGCCACCAGCAGUAAUGGCGAUACUGACAUUCGUACACCUGAACAUGAAGAAGAACUCAAUACCAAUGUUUCUCCUGAUAACCAUAAUACCACCAAGCAAUGCACAGAAGAUGCCUCACCUAUCGAUACCCUAACCACAGCCGCACCUAUCCCUACUACUGCUAUUCAUAAUCUACAUUUCAGCUGGAAUGACUCUUUAAUGGACUCUUAUCAUUCUAUCAAAUCAGAUAUCAGUCAUAUGCCUUCUUCUCUCGGCUCUUUACCCCAUAUUUUACCGACCAAUGAAUCCAUUGAUAAUGCUCUGCCAAAUGCAAAAGAGCAUGCAAGCAUCCUCUUUGGUGCCUUCCCACCACCAUCGGAACACGAAGCCGUGAGUGCCGCACCUGCCACACUUGCCACACCUGGCGCCAGUACGAAUACACUUUUAGGCGAUGAUGAAAACGACCAAUUAGCCAGUAGCAAAUCCUCUAUUCUGUCGAAUAGCACACUUACAGCUACUGCACCUGAAUUUAUUCCUCAGUCCGUGCUCAACAGCAGAAAACAACAACAUCAGCAUCAUAAAAAGCAGCUCAAGAAGCACUUGCCCCGUGAACAAUUGAUUGAACAGCAGCGUCAACAUAAUAUUCCGAAAGCCAAAGCUCGCUGUAGCCACUGGCCUUUCUGUACCAAUAACAACUGCAAGUUCGUACAUCCAUAUAAACGAUGCCGUGCUGGUGACGAAUGUGUUUUUGGCAAUAAGUGUAUGUUCUUACAUCCAUCUGAUUUGUAA